CCUCCAAUGUCAGCAGAUCUCGUUAUUGUUGAAUAUGAAGAUGUCACCUGUCCCGAAGCCGACCUAAGCGAGGCUGUCUACAAGGCCUUCGGACCGGACGGUAUUGGUGCGAUUGGCAUUAGGGGAGUUCCCCACUGGGAGGAGCUUUGGCGCUCCGUCUUACCCCUAUCUCACAAGUUGGCGACUCUACCUCCGUCGAAGCUCCAAGCCUUAGAACAUGAACCUAGUAUGUACAAUGUGGGAUGGUCCCACGGUAAGGAGAAACUCGGUGAUAAGCCUGAUCUCGCUAAGGGCAGCUUCUACUUCAACCCCCUCACCGACGAUCCUCUGCCAGAGCUGCGGGAGGCCUUUCCAUGGGCUGUCCCCAAGAACCUAUGGCCGGCCGAAACAGAUAUUCCUGAUAUGCGAGGAAGGUGUAGAGCAUUGGGUUGUACUAUGUACGAUAUGGCUAAGGCCCUGUCGAGGCACGUCGAUCUGUUGGCCACCUCUCGAGUCAAUGGUUAUGCUCCUAACACUCUCUAUAAGGAGAUGUCUAAAACACAGAAGGCUAAGGGGAGAUUACUCUAUUACUUCCCCACGGAGUCUCAAGCGGAGGAUGCAUGGAUCGGCUGGCACAACGAUUCUGGCUUCCUUACUUGCCUUACUCCUGAUAUUUACGUAAAGCAUGAUACCGGUGAAGAAGUGCCCAACCCCGACCGCCUUAGUGCCGGCCUCUGGGUCGCUGACCGUAACAGUCGCACUGCCAAGGUUACUAUACCUGAUGAUAUUAUGGUCAUUCAAUGUGGAGAGUGCUUACAGAUCAUCACCGGUGGCUUGCUAGUCGCCACUCCUCAUUGUGUGAGGGGUGCGGCCGUACCCAAUAUCGCGAGGAUCAGCUGUCCAUGCUUCGUGGACACCUCCGUCGACUUCAAGCUGAGCAUGCCUGAGAGGUGCACUAGGGCUGAUGUUUUUAGGAAUACGAUUGCUCAGAGAGUGCCACCACUGGAGAAGAGAUGGACGAAGGAUGGUAUGAGUUUUGCUGAUUUUUUGGGGGACACUUUCAAGAGCUACUACGAGUGGAAUACAAAGUCGAGAUAGCUUCCUCUAAGUUUAAUAUUCAA